UUGCCUCUACUUCAUUAAAAAAAAAAGAUCUCCAAGCCGUCGAGGGUUUCGAUUUACUCGGAAUCUGUCUCCAGCGCCGGCGACCUGCGACGGCGAGCUCCGCGUCCGCCUCCCCAACCGCAUCCCAUCAGGAAAGGUUCCUGCUCUCUGUUUCAGAUAUGAAGAGGGCGGCGCCGUCGUUGGAGCCCCAGGACGUGUCUUCCGGUUCUUCGAGCCCGGAUUCCGACCAAGAGGGGAAGGGCGGGAACGUUUCCACAGCUGCUGCGACAGCAGAAGAUGCGAAGAGGGGGACGCUGCAAGAGGAACCGCAGGAUGUAUCUUCUGAUGAUUCCAUGAGCUCGGAUUCUGAUGAUGACGCCACUAAGGGGAAUGGUUGGAACGCCUUUGGUCUGCCCAAUUCCUCCAAAGCUGCUUCAACGGCAGAAGUAGCCAUGUCAAAGAAGAAGAAAACUGGUGGUGUGGAUUUCAGUGCUUUGAGCCAGCAUGGAUACCAUGGUGGCCCAUCUGUCUUGACAGUUCGUCCUCAGGAGGAAUCUAACUGGUCAUGGUCUACCGGGAAAGACCGUGAUGACAAAGAAGCUGCACCUGAGUCCUAUGAAGAACGGGAGCGCACGAGGGCUGCUGUAACUGAAGGAGAGAAGCUUAUUGGUGUGCAGAAUGCACCGCCGAACCAAUUACUGUUAGAGAAAGACCGGAAGAAUGCUUCCUUCUCCCAGAAGGAGAAGCGGAAAAGGGACCGUGGGCAGGCCAGCAGAGGGAAGAACUACGUUGAGGAGGAGAAGCGGCUCCUGAGGGGGAGUGGUGUUUACUCUGGCUUUGAUACUUGACAUUACCUGUUAUGAAUGCAGUAAGACCUCUAACAUGUCUGCCUACAGAUGAUUAAUCCUUUGUUUUCAAGCUUCAUCUUGUACUUUGACUGCUGUUGUGUUGCAAAAAUACUAGCGUCUGUGAGUGUAGGGCUGGUUAGUGUUGAGCUUCCUUUGAUAUGGGACUGAAGUUUGGACUUUGGAUAUGCCUAUAUACCGCUACUCAAAUAGUA